ACUUAUGUAUGGUCUAUAUGUAUACAUAUACAGUAUAUUAUUGCUAUAUCAUUAUCUUCUAUGUUUAUAGUGAAAAUAUAACUUGUAAUAGAGACAGCAGGAUCACAGGGACAACUCAGGUGGUGAAUAGCGGAACCAGAGGAUUUCCCAGUUUUCUGAUGAAGAAGCCAGUGAAAUACAGUUCAAAAAAACAUUUUUAAUGUUAAAUUAUCAGUCAUUUACCCAGUAUAAGCAGAUGUUUAUUUCUUGCUGUGCACCACUCCAUUGAUAAAAAGUGACUUUUUUGUGAAAUAGGCAUGCUUCUCUUAUGACAUUUAAUUACAGAUGGAAAAUGGAGGCUGGGUUUGCAAAAACAUCUAAAAUAAUAAUUACUAAAAAAAAUACAACACAGUAGUCCUUCAAAAUAGGUUCUAAGUAAUACUGGGCAAUUAACCCACAAAAAUUGUCAUUGUGCUGAUGAAAUAACCUUAUGCUGCACAGUAUGACAAAGGCAACAAAUUUAAUAUAAAUGUUAUGCUUAUCAUUUUAAGAAACAAUAUGGAAAGUUUCAAAUUACCAAAUAAUCAGUCAUUUCUGAUUUAUUUGCUUGAAAGUUUUUCUAGAAUACGGUAAUUUACAAAUUGCCAUGACUCAUUCUCAGGAUACUGAAUGUAGAACUGGCAUUCAGUCACAGCAAAACAAUGUUCUUCAGCCCAGUGAUUUUGAGAGGAUGAGUUGUACACAGUCGCAACACAGAACUGUUGCAGAUUUUGAGGGUUUUAAACAAAGUGUGAAAGACCAACAAGCAGCAUGUGAACGAAUCCACAUAUAUCAGUCAUUGGUAUUACGAUAUCUCAGAAAAAAGUUAUCUUAUGAUGUCCUCUCAUCUGAAGAGAGAAAGCAGAUUGAAAGCAAGGUGAAACGAUAUUCCUACAAGCUCAGAAAACCAGCUAGAAAGUCGUAUAUACUAAGUGUCACAAACAAACUAUCGGAAAAGGAAAAAUUAUUGCAGUGGAAACUAAAUAAUCAAAAUUCCUCAAAUUUAUCACUCGCCUUUGUGAAUGAUCAUAUACUCUGGUUGGACAAGGCAGUGAAAGCAUUAAAAUCAUGUGACUAUAGUAACCUAACUUUGAAACCAUCAUCAUACACAGAGUUUGUGAAAAUUGUGCAAGUUGAGAUCUCCUGCAAUGCUGCUAUGUUUUUCAAUAGGACUAAUCGCCAAUCAACAAGAUAUCUACAUUAUCAGUUACCAGCUGGCUUGAAGAAAACAGUCACAAGGGCUCGCCUGAAGAAAUUGUUGAUGAUGAGUCCUCUUUUUUACUAUGAUAACUCAUGUAAAAUUUGGAAGCGAUUGUCAGGAUUUCAACAGAAAAAUGACACAAGAGAAAUGCAUCACUAUGUCCAGUGGCUGGGAGUGCUGGAUAUACGGAGAAUGUGGGCGUGCAGGGGACUCCACUCUCACAACCAUGAAAUUGGAAGUUUGUGCAUUGAAAAUAUACUCUGUAGCUAUCCAAUGAUGACUUCAAGUGAGAUAGCAAAAUCCAUUUGUGAUAGUGUCUAUGUGCCAAUGUGUGAAGAGAUCAUAUCUUUAGUUCAUCAGUUACUUCGAUCAUCAAAGAAAUUUCAUCACUGUGACAGUCAAGGUAUAAAGCAAGCUUCAGAAAAUAAGUCUGUGAGAUGCUUAAAAUCCUCAGGAAACAAAAGUGCAAAUUCUUUGCCAGAAGUUACAAGCAAAAAUAAGGAAAGCAGUAAGGCAUUCCUUACAUGGACCUCCAUUGUCUCACAAUUUGCAAAGAAGCACUCUCAAGAAUCAGGAAGACAUUCAUUGCAUUUCUCUCAAGAGUCUAAUUCUAAAAACAAAGGAUAUGCUAGACCAGCACCAGCAAGUACUUUAGGAGAAAACCAAAAAAGAAAAGCAGUGAGUGACAAAAUGAGUAUAAUAAGCAAGGCAAAGAAUGAUGAUAAUCUAGGAUUAUUAAAAAUAUCUGUUGCUACUGGACCUCAAAAAAAUGCAGUUUCAUGUCAGUUGAACAGAAACUUUGUUUCCUCUCCAAGUGUUGCUGUUGUGAAGCCCAUGAAAGAUGUUGUCACAUUGUAUAUAUCAGCUGAAGGCAAAUCUAGUUUAAGUACUGAAAUGUUUGGAGAAUGUGAUAUUUCUACACCUAAUACAAAUACAGAUAACAUCUCCAAUAACAGCAACAAAAAGUUAGAAAAAACUGCCGUUAUCUCUAAGCCACAAUUUUAUGGGACUUGUCUCUCAUCUCGGAUAAAUAAUAAUACUGGGAGAGAUAAUAAGAGGGAAAUAGUAGGUGUAGGAACUACACAAUGCAUAGGUAAUAAACAUCCUGCAAGAAACUCAUAUUUAAUGCAGUUUCAUCAACUUACUGCUCUGAAUAAUUCAAGACAACAUCAUGAAGUCUCUUCACCACCUAAGAAGUUUAAUACCUCUUAUGAAUAUAAUAAUAAUAAUAAUAAUAGCAGUAAUAAUCAUAAUAAUUCACUGCCUAAAAAGGAGAUACUAUCUUCUAAUAAAUAUAAAAUAAUUGACUUGCCACCAGUGAAUAAUGUUGACAGUACAUUAUUUAGAAAAACUAACAGUAAAAUGCCUUCAUAUAAUACAUCUCUAAGUGAAUUAAAUUUCUUAUAUGGAGUAAAUAGUAAUCAAAGAAUUGUGAGUAAGGAUCACAUAAACAUUGGAAAAGAACUUAACAGUGACAUUUCUUCCAUACACAAAGAUACUGCAGGUGUCACAAUGACAAAGAUAGAUACCAGUGUAAUAGCACCAUUAAAUACAGUAGAGUCAAAAACUAUACAUAAAAGUACUGAAAUUUUCCCACCAGUCAUAGUGUCAGAUUCACUGGAGAGAGAAAAUAAGUUAGCCAUCACAUAUGUAAAUAUGCAACAAUUAUCUGAUGUUCAUAAUGCAGUUGCAUUUAUUCCUAUGAUGGUAGCAGAUUCAGAAAAUUCUCACAACAAUUAUAAUAUUAUAUCUUUAACAAAUAUAGAGGAUAAUAUUCACACUGCUACAUCUAUAGCUACAAAAGAUUUGAAGAACAUACAAGGUAAGUCUUGUAUUGCCACACUAGCAGAGGAAACCAGUACAGUUGGAAAUACAAAAAGCAUACUUGAAAACAUGUGUGUUGCUGCACAUGUUACCAUGGGAAAUACUUACCAGACACAGGAAGAUACUUUCAUGACUGCAGCAGAAGCAGUAUUACCUUCAAGAAACAUAUGUGAAGUAACUAACAAUGAUGUAGCAAAUACAGGAAAUUUGAUAGAAAAUACAGUCACCUCAUCAUUUGAAAAUACAGUAGAUUUAAGGAAUAAAGAGGCAAAUGCUUGCACAGAUUCAUCAGAGUCUGAAGAAUUAAAGGGAAAUUUAUCACCACUGGUGGUUCAGGCAGCCAUAGAAAACUGGCAGAAAGAUGUGUGCACAUUUCCAGACCAUACAUACACAAAAAAUGCCUGUAUAUCUACACCUAAAAUCAUUGUAUAUUCACGUAACAUAAAGAAAAAGUCUGUUGCACAUACUGACCAUUCAUAUGGAAAACAUGUUGAAAAAGACAGUGGUGCAUCAUCAAGUGAAAAUCAAAUAUUCUCUCAACCAUUAGUGAAACCUGUUAAAGAAAAGAGUGGUACAUCAACAAAUGAAAAUCAUAUACAUUCACAAGAACUGCAGAGCAAUAGUUCUUUACCUAAAAGCCAGUCAGAUUCAGAGGAUAUUUUAGGGGGUUAUUUGAGUUGCAAAAAACGAAAGAAAAGCAAUUCACAUUGGUUGGAAUGUUACACUUACACUGACGUGGAGAAAGAACCAGAACCAAAGAAGAAGAAAACAUUAAAAAAAAUAAAGAAGAAGUUUGAAAACUUUGAUACAUACAGAUUACCACUGGAAAUAGGUUGGAUCCGAGAAGUAGUAAUACGUUUGACUACUUCCCAUUCCAAAUGUGACAUAUAUUAUCACCCUCCACUGGGCAAAAAAUUAAGAUCAUUGAUUGAGAUAAAUAAAUACUUGGAGUCCAGUGGAGUGGAAAAUUUGACUGGAGACAACUUCACUUUCAAAAAAUGUCUCCUUGGGUUUGGUGAGCCUUUUGAAGUGUCUCGCUAUGCAAGAUAUAAAUGUUUCUCAAAUGUAGAAGGACCUCAAGAUAUACCUGUUAAAGAAUGCAAGUUGUCUCCACAGUAUACCAGAAAGGACCUGCACAUGACAUCUCCCGAUGCAUCGAAACAGAAAAGCAAGACACCUUGUCGGCCAGUUCAAAGGAGAUACUGCAGCAGAAGGAAAUACAUGGGCAAGGCACCCAACCCCAACAUUCAGCCAAUGCCUGCAAGUCUAUUUCCAGAAGAUGGUUACUGGCUCACAUCAUUUUAUGACAUCCACAAUGACAUGGAAACUGAUAAUGUAGAUAUUGUUAACGAAGAUGGGGUGAUGACCGGCUAUGAAGAGUGGAUCAUGACUCCUUCAGAAAAAGCCAAUGAAUCAACAAAUAAAACUGUGCAGAAUGUUAAAAAUAAAUGCGAUGGAGCCGUUCAAUUUAAAGAUGCACCUGACCAUAGACAAGAUAAUGAGGGGAUCGUAAAUAGAAGCAAAGCAAGGAGAGGCUGUGAAGAAUGGACCAACAAGCAACCAGCAAAUGAGAAAAUUACAGAUUUGACAAAUAAAUUUUUGCAUCAUUCCAAAAAUGAUAAGUUCAGAUGUUUGCAAAAAGACAGUGACUUGCUGGGUAUAAAUAUGACGAACUUAUCUGAUGCUGAAAGUGACAGAGGUAGCAUAAUAUCUUUUUUGGAUUUUGAAGAUAUGGAUGUCGCUGUAGAAGUAAUUAAUAAUAACAGGGAAGGUUCUCUACAGACACAUCAAAGCUCUGAUUUAGGCUCUACAAAACUUAAACCGAAUCAGAGGCAAACCUCUUCAGAAAGUCAUAUAAUGAAGCAAACAUCUCAGGAUAUUUAUAUAAAAUGUGAAGAUGAUGAAGCUGGAAUCGUUGAUAAAAAUGAAUUAGAAUUUUUAUUAGCACCAAGAAUAUCCAUUGCAAGUAAUGCCAGGAAAAAUGAAUCAUGCUCAAAAUCUUAUUGCUUUGAGAAGGAGCUGGAUCAAUGUUCGGUGAAAGAAGAAUCCAUUGUCAGCCCAAAUAUACAUGGAACUGUUAUCAGCACUGCAGACAGAAUGAAUCAGAGGGAUGGCAAACCAGGAACUUUCUCAAAGCAUAAACCAUCAAAUGCAUAUUUUGUCCCCUCAUUUACUUCUGCAUCAAAUGUUGCUAAAUCUAAUACAGAUGAGAAUUAUCCUAAAAACAUUGAAUUAAAGUCAUGUUUAAAUAAAAAAAAGAAAGAAUUUAGGAAGCACAGACAUGCUGCACUGCUUGGUGAUUUGAAUAGCAAAUCAGACUCCACUGAUAAUGAGCACACUCGUCUUGCAUUCAACAACAGCGAGGCACAGAAUCAAUUAAAUAAUGUAAACAAUAUAACAAGGCACCCUUGUAACAAUGUAAUAGCACUUCCUCAAGAAUAUUCAGUAGAUUAUAUUGGAAUAGAUCAUGAUACUCCUAAUAAUUCAUCACUAGUAUCUGAUAUGACAAAUGCAUAUAAGGAAAUGCAAAAGGUAAAUUGUACUAUACAUGAUUCUGCACUAGGCAAUGAUACUCGUAAGAAAAACAAAGUGGAACUUCCAGUUGGAGAGAUAGGUCUUCAGAAUGCAACACAUUACAGUACUUAUGCUUUACAUGAUAUAUGUAAUGCAGCUCAUAAUAAAUAUUCUUUUGUUAAUCCAAGAAGUAAAAUAGUUGUAAUGAUGAAUCCAGAGCAGCAAAAUGAAUUAUUGACUUUUAAAAGGGGUAAAUAUAUUCAUGUUCUAAAUCAAAAUAAUAUCAGUCAGAAAUAUAAUGGAAAUAGAAAUGAACCUGGAAUAAUUUCAAGUCAAGAAUUAGAGUCUAAUUUAGUGUUACCCACAAAUUUUGAUACCCAGUUAAUUGUAAGUGCAGAUUGCUCUGUGCCAAUUCAUAAAGUUGCCAUUGCUGAGAAGUCUAAUGCUUGCCUACCAAAAAAUAUGCUCAGAGCACCUUACAAUGAUAAUGAUGCAAAUCACUUGAGAACUGUGGAAAGUCAGUCACAUGGUAAACAUGGUGAAUUCUUUAUUAAAUCUAGUUUAGAAAAUCAGUUGAACUAUUUGCAGUUUAAGCCUUCCCCAAGUGAAGUCUUGGCACAAGAAAAAAGUAUUACUGCCCCAGGAACCAGUGUUGAUGCAUACUUAAAUAUCCCUCAGAGUGUCUUGCACCAUUGGUCUGUUAACACUGUAUCUCAACAGCAAGCAGAACAAAACAAUCAAGAAAGCAUGAAUGUGACAGAUAGCAAUAGUUCUUCCAUUACAAUGGAAAUAGCAUCUUUCUCUGGUAGCGGGAAUAGCACCUUACCUCAACAUCAUAAACAUCCUUAUGGGCUAAUAAAUGUUGUACCUCUGGAGAAGUUGAUGCCUUCAAACAAGCAAGUAAAUACUAUACCUUCAUAAUAAGGUUGCUUCCUAUGGCAAUAAAGAAUGUACUACAUGAGUGUACCAAAUUACAAAAUACACCUGUUUUCCAUGUUUAUAACAUUUUAUCUCAAAGAUUUUGUACAGUACCUUUUACUAGACUUGUUUAUAGCAGCCCUUGACAGAAUGUACCAUCACAUUCUAACCUGAACAGAAUAGAUGAGGUGUGCAAAAUAAUUACAAGAGAAAGAAAAUAACCCCUUGGCUUCAUCUUUGUAAUGUCAUGUUUUUUUAGGAUCAUUCACAGGGGCAGUUUCACACAUAGGCAAAACUUUAUAAUUUUUUAUUACUUUGUGAAAAUCAGUCUUUAUUACAGAUAGUUGUUAUAAAAUAUUUCAAGGUAAACAGUUCUAAGAAGCACCUGGCUUUGAUAACUUUGUUAAUCCAUAAUAGGUUACCUAAAUAUAAGUAAGGCAUAUUUGUCAGGUUAAUAUUGGUGCAAAUAUUUUAAACUUAUGUCAGUGAAUAAGUUAACUUACCAAAAAUUUGAUUUUAAAAUAAAAUCUAUUCAGCA